AGCUGUUGCCAGCUGGGUUCUUGGAGAGGACAAAGGAGAUUGGAAUGGUGUGUAAAUGGGCACCACAAAAGGAGAUCUUGGCUCAUAAAUCAGUAGGGGGAUUUGUGUCCCAUUGUGGGUGGAAUUCAAGCUUGGAGAGCUUGUGGUUUGGAGUUCCAAUUGUGACAUGGCCUAUGUAUGCUGAGCAGCAGAUGAAUGCAUUCCAAAUGGUGAAAGAUUUGGGAGUCGCUGUGGAGUUGAGAUUGGAUUACAGAAGCAUGAGUGGAGAGGUUGUGUUGGGAGAUGAGAUAGCAAGAGCUAUAAAAUGUGUGAUGGAGAUUGAUAAUGAGGUGAGGAAGAAGGUGAGAGAAAAGACUGAACAGAGCAGGCUAGCUGUGAAGGAGGGUGGAUCUUCAUUUACUGCAUUUCAACGCUUGAUUGAUGAUAUUUGUCUCAAUUUAGAAACAAAUUAAGCCAUGAAUUUCAUGGUUGGAGUUCUAUUGUCAUCUUUGAUCUCUUUUAAGUUUUUCAUGUUGGAUUUGUAAUAAAAUUCUUUAGUUUAAUAAAGCAAUUUCA